AGUGAUUGACAGAUUUAGGGCGGGCCGAGGAGCAAACGGGCGUCGCUGAGGCCGGAUGAGAAGAAUCCAAAGGGGAAGUUUGUGGGUUGUUGCCUGGGGCUGUGAAAGGAAGCUGUGGAGUGUGGGGGGAUUUACCCCCCCCAGGUCGUUGCUAUGGGCAACCGAGGAAUGGAAGAGUUGAUUCCGCUGGUGAACAAGCUACAGGAUGCUUUCAGCUCUAUUGGACAAAGCUGCCACCUCGACCUGCCACAAAUCGCUGUGGUGGGUGGUCAGAGCGCAGGGAAGAGCUCGGUCCUCGAGAACUUCGUCGGCCGAGAUUUCCUGCCCCGUGGGUCUGGAAUUGUUACCCGAAGACCUCUCAUUCUUCAGCUUAUUUUUUCUAAAACAGAAUAUGCAGAAUUUUUGCACUGCAAAUCUAAGAAGUUUACAGAUUUUGAUGAAGUCCGACAGGAGAUUGAAGCUGAGACUGAUAGGGUGACAGGAACAAACAGAGGCAUUUCUCCUAUCCCUAUUAACCUGAGGGUAUAUUCACCACAUGUGCUGAAUCUGACUCUGAUUGAUCUUCCGGGUAUAACUAAAGUGCCAGUGGGUGACCAACCCCAGGAUAUAGAAUACCAGAUCAAAGAUAUGAUUUUACAGUUUAUUAGCAGAGAGAGCAGCUUGAUUCUUGCUGUGACUCCAGCCAAUAUGGAUUUGGCCAACUCUGACGCGCUCAAACUGGCUAAAGAAGUUGACCCACAAGGCCUAAGAACAAUUGGCGUAAUAACCAAGUUAGACCUGAUGGAUGAAGGCACUGAUGCCAGAGAUAUCUUGGAGAAUAAAUUGUUGCCUCUGCGGAGAGGCUACAUUGGAGUUGUGAACCGGAGCCAGAAGGAUAUUGAUGGUAAAAAGGAUAUCAGAGCAGCAUUGGCAGCUGAGCGCAAGUUCUUCCUUUCUCAUCCUGCUUAUAGACACAUGGCUGAUCGCAUGGGAACUCCCCAUUUGCAGAAGGUCCUGAACCAGCAAUUGACAAACCAUAUCCGGGACACCUUGCCAUCCCUGCGUAGCAAACUGCAGAGUCAGCUGCUGUCACUUGAAAAGGAGGUGGAGGAAUAUAAGAAUUUUCGUCCUGAUGAUCCUACGCGGAAAACCAAAGCUUUGCUGCAAAUGGUCCAACAGUUUGCAGUUGAUUUUGAGAAGAGAAUUGAAGGGUCAGGAGACCAAGUGGAUACACUAGAACUCUCAGGUGGAGCCCGAAUAAAUCGCAUUUUUCAUGAGAGAUUCCCCUUUGAGUUAGUCAAGAUGGAGUUUGAUGAGAAAGAUUUGCGACGUGAAAUCAGCUAUGCAAUCAAAAACAUCCAUGGUAUAAGGACGGGGCUCUUCACACCUGAUAUGGCUUUUGAAGCAAUAGUGAAAAAACAGAUUAUAAAGCUCAAAGAGCCCAGUUUGAAGUGUGUUGAUCUGGUGGUCUCAGAGCUGGCCAUGGUCAUUAAAAAGUGUUCAGAGAAGCUUGGUUCCUAUCCCAGGUUGCGAGAAGAGACAGAGAGAAUUGUUACUACGUACAUCAGAGAACGUGAAGGAAAAACUAAAGACCAGAUUCUCCUGUUGAUUGACAUAGAGCUGUCCUAUAUCAACACAAACCAUGAAGACUUCAUUGGAUUUGCCAAUGCACAACAAAGGAGCACCCAGGCAAAUAAGAAAAGAGCAAUUCCAAAUCAGGGUGAGAUACUGGUCAUCCGACGAGGCUGGCUGACCAUCAACAAUAUUAGCAUCAUGAAAGGGGGCUCCAAGGAAUAUUGGUUCAUCUUAACAGCAGAGAGUUUGUCUUGGUACAAGGACGAAGAGGAGAAAGAGAAGAAAUAUAUGCUGCCUCUAGAUAACCUAAAAAUAAGAGAUGUGGAGAAGGGCUUCAUGUCUAACAAGCAUGUCUUCGCCAUUUUUAACACAGAACAAAGAAAUGUAUACAAAGAUCUGCGUCAGAUUGAACUUGCCUGCGAUUCUCAGGAAGAUGUGGAUAGCUGGAAGGCCUCCUUUCUUCGUGCUGGUGUUUAUCCUGAGAAAGACCAAAUAGAAAAUGAAGAUGGAGCUCAGGAAAAUACCUUUUCCAUGGAUCCUCAACUGGAACGCCAAGUAGAAACUAUCCGCAAUCUUGUUGAUUCAUAUGUUGGGAUCAUCAACAAAUCUAUCCGAGACCUUAUGCCAAAGACAAUAAUGCACCUAAUGAUAAAUAAUACCAAGGAUUUCAUCCAUUCGGAGUUGCUGGCCUACUUAUACUCCUCUGCAGACCAAAACAGCUUGAUGGAGGAGUCAGCAGACCAGGCACAGCGCAGGGAUGACAUGUUGCGAAUGUACCAUGCUCUGAAGGAAGCUUUGAAUAUAAUUGGAGACAUCACUACCAGUACAGUUUCCACCCCAGUUCCUCCUCCUGUGGAUGAUACAUGGCUGCAGGCAGGAAGCGGUGGGCAUAGCCCAACAUCUCAGCGCAGGCCUCCUUCUACUGUGUUGCCUCCAGGAAGACCUCCAGCUGUGAGGGGUCCCAUGCCUGGUCCUCCUUUGAUUCCAGUGCCAGCAGCAGGCUCAUCCUCUUUUGUGGCACCACCCAUUCCUUCACGCCCUGUACCACAAAGUGCAUUUAUUACUAAUAAUGAACCUUUCUUAGCCCCACCUCAAAUUCCCUCACGGCCAGCACGUAUUCCACCUGGUAUACCUCCAGGUGUACCCAGAAGACCUCCUGCAGCACCGAACCGGCCUACCAUUAUCAGACCAACUGAACCCUCCUUAUUAGAUUAACCAUGAUCACUACCCAGAGGGGAAGGCAAUAUUACUUGUUAAUCUCAUGGAAAGAACUCAUGCUUAAUCUUUAGUGUAAAGGAGCUCUUUCUAUCUGGUCAGUUAUAAGCCAAGGCACAUAUUUCCUAUUUCUCCUCCUCUCUUUCCUUUCCACAAUAACACAACCAUAGCAACAGACAUCAAGAAAUAGAUGCUGUCGGUUGAUUACCUGUAAAUAGCUCUGAUAAGACAAGCAUUCCUGUUCUAUUUCUCUCUGUGUUCCUGGGUCUUGGCUAGAAAAGGAUUUAAUGACCAUAGUCUUCCCUUCUGGGGAAGAGGAGGAUUGAUUUCUUCCUGGUUUUUCAUGGUGGCCAUACCAGGCCCAUUCCACAUGGGAACAUGGAGGCUUAUGUUUUGUGGAAUUGUUUUGCACUUUGUUGGAAAUAGAGAAACAACCCCUAGGUACUUGAGUGAUUGUGAUGAGAAUGCCUGAAAAUGUGUAAAACUAGAGAGAUUGUAUUUCUACUAACAUUUCCUGCCAUUAAUGUUGAUUGGAUCUAUUUUCCCAUGCCACCCUUUUUGAUUCCUUAGUAUAUAUGAAAUAUUCCUCUUAGACCUCUACUUUUCCACCAUGGCAUUUUAGUACAAUAUUGAUCAAUAUUUCUAUAUAGCUCUGAAAAAUAAUGGAACUGCAAAUAAAAAUGGCUAAUAAAUCCAAUUUAUGAAACUGGAGCAAGAUUUUAUCAAACAGAAUCAUUGGAAAGAGGAAUGCACCAAAUUGUUUUUGAGUCUCAGGUAUAGUGCUGACUUAUGGCAUGCUACCCUUUGCACAACCAGUGAUUAUGCUUCAGUGGAAGAGACAAACUUAGUUGCCAGUUACAACUUGGGAUGAGCUUGAUGUAAUACUAGAAUACUGCCAGUUGCAGGAGAUGAUUUAAUCAUUUUUAAUAUAAAAUUGGCCAGGAUAAUUACUCAACCUCCAAUAGAGAAGUGGUAAGAAGAGGCAGUACUUAAAAAAACUUUUACAGAGAUAUAGUAGAAAAACUUUCCUACUUCCUUAUGCAGAUUUCUUUGUCCUUCAGAUCAGCUGAACUAUAUUUGCUUCUAGGUUGAGACAGAUUCUUUGUGGCAAACACUGUCCCAAGAUAGAUUAAAGUUCCCUCUGCCCCACAGAAACUCAUAUAGGAGUCUAUGAUCUCUGAAAAGUUUUUUUUAUGUUGGCUACUCCAUCUUUAGAACCAUUAUUAUCCCAAGAGUUUGUGGAGCAAGACUGAAGCCUUGUCAACAGACUGGUAAAGCAAUCUGCCCUCUCUGGGCUGUGGUUGUAUAUAUUUCUUCAUAAAACAAAGAAGCAUUGGUACUACUUUGAUUCUAGUUUUUUAAAAAGAAGACCCAAGUUGCCUCCCAGCCCACUCUCACUUAUAUACCUUUGUCCUUUGCCCAUAAGAUAUAUGGAACAGAUACCAUCUGCCUUAAUGCUUCCUUCCAGUGACCUCUCUCUUUUUAUGUGAUCAGAAACAGAAAUUGCUUGUUUCAUGUCCUAAAGCAUAUGACUUUUCCAGAGUGCUAACUUUGUGCCUUUAUUAUUCUAUGUCAUUUGCCCAAAUAACCAGCACUGCCUUCCUGUAAAUGUCCCUCUAUUGCCAAAGUCAUUACCAAGGGCUUUGAACCUCUUUUGCAAUAUAUUUCUCCAAAAAUAGUUGCUUGCCAUGUAGCAUGGACUUCUCUAAUUAGUUGUCUCUUGAUUCUUUGUUACCAUGUGUGAAGGGGUUAUUAUAUCUUCUUUCUAUCUUUAAAAGAAAAAAAUUUCCAGCAGUUUGAAAUAAGUGCCUCCAUUAUGUAUCCAAUUAAUAAACUAAAAUAAAGGGAAAUUCUGCUGGUGGAAGGUCUCUACCAAUUUGUGGUGUUGGCUUUUUAUGCAUUUUUUUAUUCUAUUAGUUCUGAACACUUAAGAACUAUUGGGCUUGGAAUGAAUAAAAAAAAUAUAAGUUCAUGUUUCGGUUAACUAACACGUCCAAAUAACAAUAGUCUGAGUAAUAUCUGAUUUUUUGUGUCAUUUGAUAUGAUUUCUGACCUGGAGGCUAUUAGUAUCCAAUCUAAUAAAAGUAACUGAAUUUACAAAUUACAAAAUUAAUGACAUUAAUGCAGAUAACAUCUUUAUGUAUGGAUAUUUACAAGUAUUCAUCAUCUCACAAUUAAAAGUGUAUUUUAAAAGUGAUUUUGUAGGAUCUAGUGGGACAAAUGGAGUAGGUCCACCUUGUAUUGCAGAACUUGACUAGCCUCUGUAGCAGGAAAACCAUUUAAUACUGAGAGGCAUUAGUUGCCUCUCUUAAAGGAGAUUGCCGUCUAGUUUUGCAGACAUAGGAGACCUUUCAACAUGUAGCAAGAAAUUAAUUCAAUUGUUCAUACAGAAGGGUACAUAUAAUAUUUAUAAGUUACCCAGUUUUAUAGUUAUAGUUUCAUAUAUUUUAUGCCUAUAGUAAUCAUGAAAAAUAGCAAAUUUUAGACACAUAUUUUCUAAUAUAUUUUUGUAACAUUCAAAUUAUGAUAUUAAAUUUAUCUUUUAGAAAUACAUAAAGUGGACAGAGUAACAGGGAAAGAAAGGUUUGCUAAUCCAAUCGUAUAUCCCAAAUUAACACAUUUUUCCCAAUGUGUCAUUAUGCAUUAUUUUUCUUAACUAUUUCUGCCCUUGCACAUUUUCCAUUGUAUUAUGUCUAUGUAUAUCAUUGUCCCAAUCUGUUAAAUUUCACAUCCAAUGACAUGUUGUUAUGUUUUAGAUUUCAUUUUGAUGGCAAUUUACAUAUUUGCUUUUUAAAAUGUAGGUUUUCUUUAAUGCCUAAAAUGUGUACUACAUUCAAGUCCUGGAAUAAAAAAUUGGGUUCCAUCCAUGACUAAUCAGUUUAAUAGAUAAUAGGUCUCCUUAAGGGUAAACUUGGUUAAUCCAUAAUUAAUACCUUCCCCAAAUACUUUUAACAUUAUUGCAGUCUUUCCAAAAUAGAUGAAAUUGGACCUGUCAAUCUCUAACCAUUUGUGUUAUAAUUGGAAUGUUUACUUGAUUAUUUAAACUGAUGUAAAAAAAAAAUUAAAUGGUUGUUCCCAGUUA